AUGGAGGGAGAUAAAUGUGAUCAAGUGUGUGAAAUUGGAUAUUUUGGACUGAAUUGUAAGUCGCCAUGUAGCAUCACUAACUGUAAAGACAGUACAUCAUGUGACCAUGUGACCGGAGGAUGUCAAAUAGGCUGUGUUGAGGGUUGGGUCGGGACGACCUGUAGUGGGAAAAGGCUUUGUGAUCCUUCAAGAGGUCAAUGUCAUGGCUGUGUUGAUGGCAGAUCCGGACUCUUUUGCGAAACAGAAGUUGUAGAAAAUAAUCCCUUAACAGAAACUACUUCACUUGUGAUAGCAGUCGUCAUUUUAUCCUUGUUUAUAAUCCUAAUGGUCGUGGUUUUUCUUGCCUGCGUCCUGAAGAGGAAAUGCCAAUCCUCCCAUUCUACUAAUGCAGGACAAGAUUACGAAACCACCCUUAGUGCAAAAGACAAAAACCUCGCCUUUAAUAAAACUGUGAGAGUCAGUAAGAGAUACAACAAUGACUACUUUGCACCAAGUAAGGUUGUGGACGGAAACUGGAGUAUUUCUCUGCUGCAAUGCGCACUGACAGCUUCCGGCCAGAAGGAGGCGUGGCUAACGAUAGAUCUCGGAGAGAGAAAAAAUGUUGCAUCAAUAACAAUGAUUCAUGGGACUUUGGGUUUCGGUUCUUCCUCAAUAUCAUCUUCUGUCUCUGGUCUCAAGCUGAUGCUGAUGGAGACGGGCCAGUCUAUACUAGCAAACCGAGGAGAAGAAUUUGUAAAGUAUAGCUUUGAUGAAACAGUGCCAGGUCGAUGUGACUUGGGAUUUUAUGGUGUUAACUGUACUCAGUGUCCAAGAAACUGCUUUAAUAACUCAUGCCACUUUAAAACAGGAGAAUGUGUUAAUUGUAUAGCUGGAUACAUUGGGGCAAGCUGUGAAACAGUGUGUGAAAAUGGUUACUUUGGUCUGAAUUGUGAGUUGUCAUGCAACAUUCCUAACUGUAGAAACAGUACAUCGUGUGACGUCAUCACAGGGGAGUGUCUUGAAGGUUGUAUUGAGGGUUUGGCCGGAAAAACUUGUACUG